AUGGAUGCUUACGAAGUACUUGGACACCUUGGCAAGGGAUCAUUCGGAUCAGUGUCGAAAAUCAGAAGAAAGGAAGAUGGUAGAACAUUGGUGUGGAAAGAGAUAUUCUACGGAGAGAUGAAGGAGAAGGAGAAGCAACUUCUUGUCAAUGAAGUGAACAUCUUGCAAAAGCUAAAGCAUCCCAACAUCGUUCGCUACUAUGAUAGGAUCAUCGAUAAGAAUGCCUCAAAGAUAUACAUCAUCAUGGAGUUCUGCACCGGUGGCGACCUCUCCCAGCUCAUCUCAAAGUGCAAGAAUGAAUCUAUCUUUAUUGAUGAGGAAGUAAUAUGGAGGACAUUGGUCCAGAUACUCUCUGCUUUGCACGAGAUACACAACCGUAAGGAUGGCACCAUCUUGCAUCGUGACAUCAAGCCUGGCAACCUAUUCCUGGACGAGAGUCGCAAUGUGAAGCUAGGAGACUUUGGCCUGGCCAAGAUCCUUACCAACUCGAUGCACGCCCACACCUUUGUCGGCACGCCCCACUACAUGAGCCCGGAGCAGAUCCUUGGCAAGUACAAUGACAAGUCCGAUGUCUGGUCGGUCGGAUGUCUCGUCUACGAGAUGGCCACCCACCGUCCACCCUUCUACGACGCUACCACCCACAACCAACUCUACGACAAGAUCAAGGAUGGUCGAUACCUGCCCAUCCCAUCGCACUACUCGGCCGACCUGUCCAAUGUCAUCUCACUAAUGAUGCGUGUCGACAUGCACAAAAGACCAAACGUUGAGGAGUUGUUCUCCUAUGCUCCAAUCGCCCAACGUCUACGUGAGAAGAAGUUGAACAACUAUUAUCAGAAUCUAAAGACAAUGGAGGAGGAGCUCAAGGUAAAGGAGAGGGCCAUCGUUGAGAAGGAGAAGCAGGUGGCAGCCAGAGAACUACAAGUGUCUCAAAGGGAGCAAAUGGUCUUAAUGAAGGAACAACAGUUGUUGGAGAGAAUGAACGGUGCCUCAUCCUCAUUGGACAAGGAGAACAAUCAGAAUAGAAUCAACAUUAUGAACAUGGGCAUGGGAGUACCAGUGACAUGUCAGCCGUUGCAGCAGCAACAGCAGUUGCCAACACUACAACCAACAACAUCGUCUGGCGGUCAAUACUCCACCCAAUUCACACAACUUAGACGAACAGCAACAGCCCCACUCAGUAGCUUUAAGUAG